AUGGAUACAACUUCUUUGCACGCUAUGGUUUUGCCCAUCAUUGUUCCCCCACCUUGGGUACUUUUGCAUGCCUUCCGGGAAAUAAAACGAAGUCAACUGGGCAGGAAGGAGGACGACUGUUCGGAAAUGCACGGACCUUAUCGUUCGGACUGUAUUUUAUAUGAGCGGUUACCGCAAGAAAACACAGUUGCUGGCAGCGCCACUUUGCAAACAAAUUUCGGCGAAUUUACACUGAACUGCUUAACAGAAUUGAGCAAGGCACAGUGUAGUACAGAAAAACAGUGGCAUAGAGUAAGAGAUGCCCACAGAACAAUGGUGACUUUCCCGUCAUCCGAAAGCCCUUUAAGACCUACAUGCGCCACCCCGUGCAAUAAGUUCUUUGAGACUCCCAUGGCCGAGAAACAUAACCUAGGUGAUCAGCUCAACAAGUCCGAUACAAUCAACUCUGCCGAUGGCAUGCAAAGUGGUUCACAUUUCAAGGGAUUUGAGCGGGUGGAACGCGGAUUUUGUUGUCCCUACUGCACAAAGCGCUUCACUUCGAAUUCCGGCUUAAAACAACACAUGCAUAUUCACUCCUCUUUCAAGCCUUUCACUUGUCAGGUUUGCCACAAAUCCUACACACAGUUCAGCAAUCUUUGCCGCCACAAACGACUGCACAAGAGAUGUCGUCAACGUAUGCCCUGUUCGGAAUGUGGACACGAGUUUGCUAACUCCUACUCACUACUCAAACACCAAAUUCUCUGGGGAUGUCGAUGCAGAGCAGUACGUCGCAGAGGUGCCAUGUACAGUCGUAAACGAGAUGCUACACCACAGCUUGUUUCAAACCAAACUUCUGAAACCAACGCAGAGGAAGUGGUGCCCAAUCUGAAGUCAGAAAUGGUAUCUCCAGUUUACCAUGACAUUUCACGUUUGCUGCAUUCCAAGUUGCGCCACUAUAACCGGGCAACGCACAAGAAAGAAGAAUCUGCCACUGGUUACUCAGGAGAAGCUUCGCAUUUACAACUGGAUGAGGGAGAACUGUCGGCGAUGACUUCACCGUCUACGGCCAGACUCCACUUUUCUUCAUUGGGAAGUCCAGCUGUAACACUCUAUCCAUGUCUAGCUGCCAUGCCACCUGAAAGAAACACGAGGGCUGAGAUACUGUCAGAUUGCCCAAGCCUAGACAGGAGAGUUCUAGAGGCAGAGGUCGGAUUCGAACCACGGACCUUCUGGUCAGUAAAUUCGCGUUCUAACCACUGA